CCCACGUGUGUUCGUGCCGGAGCUGUCAGCUGCAGAAUUUCAGUUGGGUUCAAACGCUCAACCGCCGGCCGGCUGUGCAUCUCCGAGUGAGAGGGGGACGGCAGUGGAGAAAAGAAACACCAACGCUCAUUCCGUGCCAUGGCUAAAGGGAAGAGAAGGAGGUCGGACACCCAGGACUCACAAGGAGAGGAGCCAACUUCUGAGAUGCAGCCGGAUGUAGCCAAGGCGAAAAGAAAGAAAAGGAGCAGAGACCAGGAUAUUGAAGAAGAAAGGAUGGAAAUACCAGUACAGCAGGAGCAGGAGGAACUCACAGCAGAAGAAAAGAGAAAGAUUGAACGGAAACUGAAGAAAGAGCGCAAAAAGAAAGAAAAACAGCUGCUGAGGGAAGCUGAUGCAUUAGGAGAAAAAGUGAAACCUCAGCCAUCAGCAUCUGACCUUGCACUCAAAUAUCUGAAGAGUUGGUCCAAGGAACGGAAAAAUUGGAAAUUUCAGAAGACGAGGCAGACCUGGCUCUUAAAGCACAUGUAUGAUCGUACUAAGAUCUCUGACAAGCAUUUUGCCAGGUUGCUGAAGUAUCUAAAUGGGCUGAAGGGCAAAGCUCGGGAGGAAACCAUUCAGAAAGCUGAGGCUCUGAUGAAGGAAUUUGAAACGACAGAUGAUUGUACUGAAGACAUUUCUGUGAAGAUUGAACGAAUACGUCAAGUCCUUCAGCUUUUGUCUUGAAAUUUUUCAAAGGAUUCAUAUAGUUGUCUCCCUGCUUACAAUGUAGUUGAGCACAAUUGCAAGAUCACAUUUAAUCCAAUUUUUCUGGCACUGCUCUUGGUUUGACU